AUGUCAGUCGAAGCAACAACAAUUCAAACAACAGCACCAAACUCGUUAGUCAUGAAUCCAACAUCUAUGUUAGUAGAAAUGAAAAGCUUCAUUCCUUCUUCAUAUACUUUUGAAACAGAAAUCCAGAAGAUAAAGCAGGAACUUUUAACAAGUACUUUGGACUGUUGUGCGAAAGAUGAACAAAAUGAACAGUAUCUUUACGACAUGCAGGACAUUAUUGACCAUUUACCCAAAUUGCCUGAAAUCCAACAACAAAAGCUCACUAUUCCUGAAUUCGACGAAAUUGAAGUCAAAGCAACUGACUCAGUAGAAAUAAAGAA